AUGAAGACUGAUUUAAAUCUCCUUUUUCUAAUUUUCAGUACUGUCGAAGUCACUCUCCACCUGGAAUAUUGUCCAAUUCACUGCCAGUGUGACUGGGACAUCCAAAGCGUGUCAUGCUUUGGAGUUGAGCUCAUGCCUGUUUUCCAUUCCAGCACACAGGAGGUGUGGCUUGUUGGGACAAAACUUUCUUCGGUUCCUCAGAAUGCAUUUGCCAACUUGGCCAACGUUUCUCACAUAUACAUCUCUGAUGAUGAUACUUUAAGAUCUCUUGAGAGGCAUUCUUUCCACAACCUGUCCAGGGUCACCCACAUACAACUAACUGGUAUGAAAACACUGUCAUUCAUUGACCAAGAGGCAUUUAAGGAUCUGCCUAAUUUAAAGUACCUUGGGAUCACCAACACAGGUCUAACCUCCUUCCCUGGGCUCCAGUACAUUCAGUCCAGCCAAGAGGAUUUUAUUUUGGAGAUAGUGGAGAAUGUCUUCAUACAAGUUAUACCUGCUAAUUCUUUCAUUGGCAUAUCUGAGAAUGCUCUGACCAUCAUGCUGCAUAACAAUGGCGUGAAAGAGAUCGAGCAUUAUGCCUUCAAUGGGAGCAGCCUGGAGGAAGUGUAUCUUCACAGGAAUGUGGAUUUGGAGCGAAUAGAUGAAUUUGCAUUUCAUGGCGUGAUUCGUGGCCCAACUCAUUUAGACCUUUCAGAAACCAAAGUUAGCUCUUUGCCUUCAAUUGGUAUUGAGACCAUUGAAAAGCUCCAAGCUAAAAACACUUGGGCCCUCAAAGAGCUGCCCCCCUUUAGAGCCUUUCUCCAUUUACAGAGCGCUGAAUUGACCUUCCCAAGCCAUUGCUGUGGUCUCAAAAUGAUGAAAAGAUGGAGAGGACACUCUGAGGCUGUUGUUUGCAACCUGACCCCGACUGCUUUGGGAAAGCUGCAGGAAUCCUCUGUAGCACUCUCUCAGAAGUAUCUGGGACACAAAAUCUACCAACAUCUAAAAGACAACUUUGGCGUCUUGGUGGCUGGCAGCACAAAUCACAAUGAUCACAGCCCAACUCAGCUGUCUCAAAAUGAGGGUUUGUUUCAUGUGGAGUUACAUACAGAGCACCUCAGUGAAGGUUUUGACUUUGCACUGUGUAAUGAACUUCAUACAGAUGGACUUUUGUGCACCCCCUUACCUGAUGCCCUGAACCCCUGUGAGGAUGUGAUGAGUCAAGGCUUCCUGAGGGUGUUGGUCUGGUUGGUCAGUCUGUUAGCCAUUUCAGCCAACCUCCUGGUGAUGUUCAUCCUGUUGACGAGCCGGCAGAAGUUGUCUGUUACCCGUUUUCUCAUGGGUCACCUGGCGUUUGCGGACUUUUGUAUGGGGAUUUACUUACUGCUCAUUGCAUCUGUUGACCUCUACACACGCUCCCAUUAUUACCACUAUGCAAUAGCCUGGCAAACAGGAAGUGGCUGCAAUUUAGCAGGGACAUUGUCAGUGUUUGCCAGCGAGCUGUCUGUGUACACAUUAACUUUAAUCAGCCUUCAGCGCUGGCGUGCCAUCUUCUACGCAAUGAGGCCAGACAGAAAAAUUAGGUUACGCCAUGCAGCUGUGAUGAUGCUUGUCGGCUGGUUGUUGUGUGUGAUCCUAGCACUGUUACCAGUGGUCGGUGUGAGCAGUUACCAGAAAGUGAGCAUCUGCUUACCUAUGGACACUGAGACAACGGCUGCUCAGGGCUAUGUGGUCUUUGUCCUCAUGGCUAAUGUCAUUGCUUUUAUUGUGGUGUGUUUAUGUUAUUUCCACAUCUAUAGUAUGGUGCACAAUGCCAAUCACCAGUCCAGCAGAUGUGAUACCAGCAUGGCCAAACGCAUGGCUGUUCUAAUUUUCACUAACUUUCUGUGUCUGGCUCCCAUUUGCUUCUAUGGCUUGUCUGCAGCUCUCCACCAACCAUUGAUGACUGUCACAGAUUCCAAGGUACUACUGGUGCUUUUCUAUCCUCUCAACUCCUGUGCACACCCGUUUUUUUAUGCUAUCCUGACUAAGGCCUUUCACCGAGACAUCCUGAUGUUGCUGAGCCGAAUGGGGCUAUGCCAGCAGCAAGCCUACCUUUUUCGAAGCCAGUAUUACUCCCCGCGUACACAAAGAGACAAUCUCUGCCCCACAGUCCAGCCCCCAGAUCCCAAAACAUUUAAGUACGAGAAUCACGAAGCUACAAGAUUCCCCAAAAUGUAUCUUUAAAUUUGAUUAAUAUUUUUUUCUUGCUGUAGUAGAUGCUGUAGUAAAUAUAAGGGACCAGUGUGUAGGAUUUAAUGGCAUCUAGUGGUAAAGUUGCAGAUUGCAACCAACCUAAUACAGCUUUCCCUUCCAAGUGUGUAGGAGAAUGGUGUACUAUGGUGAAACUCACGAAAAACAAGAGAGAAGGGCCAGUGUAUGACUUGUCUAUUCUGAACUACUGUAGAAACAUGGCAGUUCAAGAGAUAAAGAAAACACAAAUUCUUAUUUUAAGGUGAUUAUACACUAAUGAAAAUAAACCUAUGAAUAUUAGAUCCUGUUAAAUGUUCCACUCCGGACCUUUAAAAAGCAUUAAUUGUAUUUAUUUUUAAAGGUCCUUGUAAAUACCAAUUCACAGACCCUAACCAUUACACAGCAUACCAAGGCUGCUGAGUAUUCUUGAUCCGUUAAUUACAUCAGAAUUAGUAUACCUGGAUACUUCUGGUAGAGGUGAUUGUUUGCUGUACAAAGCAAGGGCUCCUGGAACUCUAGGGGAAAUAUGAGUGGAAAUAUAAAGAGGCUGUUGACGUUAACAACGUCUGAAAAGUCCUCCCUUGGCUGAUGAUUUUUGUAACUUUUCCAAUCAAGCACUCCCACAAUCAUGCCUACUUCAGGUAGUGUCAGGUAGGUAUUUUUUGUGUGUACAACCUAGUGCAACACCCUUAAUGCCCUUAAGCAGAAACUUUCUGAAAUCAUGCGGUAGAGUUUCUACAGUAGCCCAGAAGGGACAAACCAAACAGUGGCUCCAGAUAAGGGCUUUUGUGGUUUUCGCUUCUCCUUCGCGUUUGAAAGGGGAGGGUGAAGUGAGGGACUGGCAAACUGCAUGCAACACUAGAUGUAACCACAUCCUACAGACUGGACCUUUAGCGCCAUCAAAUAAAUAGAUAGAUAUUAUAUAUGUAUGUAUAAAUAGUUAAAGUUUUUAAAGUUAGACUAUUAUUAAGUACACCAUAUAUUAUACAAUAUUGUUUCAGUACAUUUUGAUGGUAAAUAUAUUGAUGUUUAAAGGCUUGAGAUAAGGGCAGGAAAACUGUUCAGCUUCAGGUUCAAAUUUAUUUUCUGGUGUGUUUACAGUGGAAUUUUCUGUAAUAAAUACAAUAAGACCUA